UAUAAGAAGGUCACCCACUCCCCCCAGCUCACUAUUCUCACACACUCUCUCUCUCCAAAAACAAAGGAACAAGAGAGAGAGAGAGAGAGAGAGACAUGGCUUCACCCAAAUCCUUCAUCCCAGUCCUCGUCCUCCUACUCCUAACGCUCUUUGUCCUGUCAUCGGCGCUGGACAUGUCGAUCAUCACCGCCACCUCGGCCGGAAAAUCAGACCGGAGAACCGAAACAGAGGUGAGGGCCAUGUACGAGUCGUGGCUAGCAAAGCACGGGAAAUCGUACAAUGCGCUGGGCGAGAAGGAGAGGAGGUUCGAGAUAUUCAAGGACAAUCUCAGGUUCGUCGACGAGCAUAACAGCGUCGAGGGCCGGAGUUACAAGGUGGGUCUGAACCGGUUCGCUGACCUGACCAACGAGGAGUACCGGUCCACGUACUUGGGGGUCAAGGCCGGGUCGAGGAGGAGGGUUCAGAAGCCGAGGAGGAGUGAUCGGUACGCUACCCUGGUCGGGGAGGAGUUGCCGGAUUCUGUUGAUUGGAGAGAGAAAGGGGCUGUCGUUGGGGUUAAAGACCAGGGUAGCUGUGGGAGUUGCUGGGCUUUUUCCACCAUUGCUGCCGUGGAAGGGAUCAACAAGAUAGUGACCGGAGACUUGAUCUCGUUAUCGGAACAAGAACUGGUGGAUUGCGAUACGUCCUACAAUGAAGGGUGCAAUGGCGGUCUCAUGGAUUACGCCUUUGAGUUCAUCAUCAACAACGGCGGUAUUGAUUCCGAGGAAGAUUACCCCUAUAAAGCUCGAGAUAGCAGAUGCGAUCAGUACAGGAAAAAUGCAAAGGUGGUUGCGAUUGAUGAUUACGAAGAUGUUCCUGAAAACGACGAGAAGGCGUUGCUGAAGGCGGUGGCGAAUCAACCCGUGGCUGUUGCCAUUGAAGGCAGUAGCAUGUCUUUCCAAUUAUACGAUUCGGGUGUAUUCACCGGAAGCUGUGGGACAGCAUUAGACCAUGGUGUGACUGCAGUUGGAUACGGCACAGAAGACGGUGUCGAUUAUUGGAUCGUGAAAAACUCAUGGGGUGCAGACUGGGGAGAGGGUGGCUACAUCAGGAUGGAGCGCAACGUGCCUCACGGGGGCAAAUGUGGGAUCGCAAUGGAAGCAUCUUACCCCAUCAAGAAGGGCGAAAAUCCCCCCAACCCCGGCCCAUCUCCUCCGUCCCCGAUAAAGCCUCCUGCAGUUUGCGACGAUUACUACAUGUGUCCUGAGAGCACCACCUGCUGCUGCGUCUACGAAUAUGCAAAUUACUGCUUUUCUUGGGGAUGUUGCCCGCUCGAGGGUGCCACCUGCUGCGAAGACCAUUACAGUUGCUGCCCCUUUGAUUACCCCAUAUGCAAUGUGUACUCUGGAACCUGCUUAAUGAGCAAGGACAACCCGUUGGGAGUGAAGGCGAUGAAGCGCAUCCAUGCUAUGCCUCAAUGGGCUUACGCGACUGGAAAGAGUAGCAGCGCGUAAGAAUGCUUUGGAGCUUCUGAGCGACAGAUUUGAGGAAAGAAGAUGGAGGUAGAAGGAGUUAUAGCAUACUUGAUGGUCUUCUACUUGGUAUACGCUAAUUCUAAACGCCUCUUUUCCGCUGGAGGGAGGUUUAAUCGAUGCUCAAACGAUGCGUUGUUAUGUAUAUAUAUUAUCAUUUGUGUUGCUGUUGUAUCCGAACAACAAAACAGGUUUUUAUCUUUCAGUUUGCAGUUUAUGCUCGUAAUGUAUAUACUGCUUUAAAUUCCUGUACUUUUAAGGGUGGCUGGCGAUUAGUCUAUCCUUCCAAAUUCUAAUGCCUGCCUAUGUACUUCAUGAAUUUGUAAUAGCAUUGUAUGAUUUGUAUUCUCCUAAAGAAACAACAAAUGUUUACGAACCA